AUGGUCCGCACAGUCUACCCUUGCGAUUAUUGUAACGCCGGCUAUUAUGAUAAGGCGGCUCUCGAUAAGCAUUGCGACCGGGAAAAUGAUUACUACACCUCGUACCAUGAGCCUGAUGAGGAAGCGUUUGGCUGCAACAUCUGCACUCUUUGGUGGAGAGACGAGGAAAGCUGCCUAGAGCACAUGGGGGAGGAGGAUCACUUUGGCUUUGAGUGCCGUGUCUGCUACCACUGGUCACGCAGCAAGGAGGCACGCAUCACGCACGAACAUGAGCGGCACUUUUAUUGCAAAGCGUGUGAUCGCUCUUUCCAAAGCAUCAACAACCUCAAGCAGCACCUCAACUCCCGCAUCCAUCGCGGCCAAGACAUCAAGUGCCCCUUCUGCCCCAACAGCUACACCACCGCCACGGGCAUGACACACCACCUGGAGAGCGGCAGCUGCCGGAACGCCCCCUCGCUGAACCGCGACUCCAUCUACAAGUUCGUACGGUCCAAGGACCCUUCGGGCUUGAUCUCCAAGAAGCUCAUCGGGUGGGAGGGCAGCUCCCAAAACACGUACAGCUGCACCGACCGGGCCUGGAACGGACGCAUGUGGGAGUGUUAUCUGUGCCACAGGGGGUUCGGAACGAUGCACGGGUUGAAUCAGCAUCUGAACUCGCCUGCUCACCAGCAGAACCUCUACCACUGCCCCAACCGCUCGUGCCGCCAGGACUUCAAGACGCUGGCUGCUAUCAUCAACCACCUCGAGAGCGAAAAGUGCGGCGCCAUGCGGUUCGAGCAGGUGCAGAGGAACAUCCAUGGCAUGGUCAAUGGUAACCGGCUGAUUGGUUACUGA